AUGGAUGAAGAAUUAGAUAUGAGUUACUUGGACAGUGAAGAUAUUGUGGAUGAUGUAAUGGGUGUGGACUUUAAUGUAGUUACACAUUUACGUCGUCAAUUACAACUGCGUUCCGCCUUAGCUGCAUUAACAAUGCUAUGCAUUGUUGCACAUGCAUUGUAUAUACUAAAUAUGGCCAUAGAAACAAGUAGUAUUCAUGAGUGCUUGUUAAACAAAGAUCGUCGUAGAGAGCAGCUAAUGUCAUACUUAGUGCAUACUAAUCGCUGUCGUGACAUUAUCCGCAUGGGACCCGAGGCAUUUAUUAACUUAUUAAGCAGGCAUUUUCACAAUGUGUUGGAUGCAAUACUAUCUUUGGAGUCUGAAUUGUUAAUUCAACCAAGUGGCGCUGAGGUUCAUCCCCAUGUUCAAGGCAGUAGUCGAUUUUAUCCAUACUUUAAGGAUUGUUUAGGCGCAAUUGACGGAACUCAUGUUCGAGUCCGAGUCCCAAGAGCUGAUGCUCCAAGGUUUCGAGGAAGAAAAGACUGGCCAACACAAAAUGUCUUCGCGGCAUGUGACUUUGAUAUGAAGUUCACGUAUGUAUUGGCUGGCUGGGAAGGAACAGCAUCCGAUUCAAGGAUAUUGAAAGAUGCUCUCUCUAGAAAUGAUUCUUUAGUCAUACCUGAAGGAAAAUAUUACCUUGGGGAUGCUGGGUUUAUGGUUAAAAGAUCAAUUUUGACCCCCUACAGAGGUGUCAGAUAUCAUCUUAAAGAGUAUAGUCGGAGAGGACCACAAAAUCCCCGAGAAUUGUUCAAUCAUCGUCACUCGUCACUCAGAAAUGUUAUAGAAAGAACCUUUGGGUUGUUAAAAAAACGUUUCCCAAUUAUAGCCAGUGGAACCGAACCACAUUACUCUCUUGAAAUAAUGACACAUAUUGUGUUGGCAUGCUGCAUCCUACACAACUUUCUGCGAUCUGUCGAUCAUGAUGCAAGCUUGCUUGAUGAGGUAGAUAGAGAGUUGGCUGAAGAACAUCAAGAUGGUGGCACCACACAUCAAAGUGAGGAUGAUUAUCGACUUGGAUGUAAUUUAAGGGAUGAAAUAGCUCAUCGAAUGUGGAAUGAUUAUGACAACAAUUAA